AUGAUCGUCAUACUCAAGCAGUGCGCCUCGCCAGAGGGAUCGCUUCUCGUCGCCAGUCCUUGCUCCGACCUUGCCUUCCGCGAGUUUGCAUCCGAGGACCUGCCUCGGCCCGAAUUCCGCCAGAACCCCAUCUACAACGCGUACGCCAACCAGAUCCUGCGAAGCAGGCCAUCGUCCAUCUCGGUCAAGUCCGGCCAGAGCAGCCAGUCCUCAAUUGCCAUCCCGGUGGGCACUGCGAUGUACGAGAAGACGCAUAUAUCCCUCUUGCGAUCUCAGGUCGCGAUGCGGAACUUGAUCAUGAAGCUUGCGGGGCAGGUCAUCUUCUACCUCUCGGCGACAAACUGGAACCCCGUCUUCCAGCGGCUACGCUCGCGGAUUCAUGUCCUCGCAAACGCAACCGACGAAAUCAAGGAUACCAAUAUCGACCUCGAACUUCUGUAUCACUGCGCACUCGACCGUUCAAGGCUUGUUCAAGUGCUGAACGAGCUCUCCUCGCUCCUUGUAAAUAUGAAGCAAGAUCACCAACUUGCUAUCGCCGUACCUUUGCGAACCGCGAUAUGGAAUUGGAUACGCCUUUUCCCGGGCGAGUUCAACGAUGCGAUACGUGUGCGUGGUCGUCUGGAGGGCGCCCCGGAGCGCGUCUUCGACCUCCUGUACACCAAGAACCAGCUUGGUGUGGAGAGGUCCAUUUGGCCAACCCUCUUGAUCCUGAAUUGUAUCUCGUCCGAUCGGCUCAUGCCCGAGUUGUCCGACAUGAAGUCGUAUGGACGAGGAAAGGCGACACGCAAGGAUACGAAGUUUUAUGACGAUCUAUUUACGCACGGCUAUUCGAAUCCCAAGACCCAGGAGGUUGGCCUGGCAUGCACGCUCGACCUCUGUCGCGCUGCCAGUUAUGUGGACUCGGCCGACGAUGUGCCACUUCGACUACUGGCCUACGACGUCGCGCACGAGAUCAAGCUGAACCGUUUCCAGAACAAGCGAGACAUCUUCGAUGCGAAGGAGGAAAUUGACGUCGCGCUGUGCGCGGAGGUCCUGGUGGCCACGUAUCGUUUCCUACCUGAAGAAGAUUCUAUACCGCUCUUUUUACGGUGCUGCGAGCCUGAGCGCUCGGAAGCCUUCAAAGCCUGCGCUGCGCGCGCGUUCCUUACUUUGGUGCAGGAGUCUGUUCGCAUACCGUGGCAAAAGCCCCUCGACAAGUUGCGCAUCGCUGUUGCGCCGCGAUUCAGGGAGAUCUACAAGACGGCAAGCAUGCGCAAACCCGAAGUCGACGCUUACGGUAACCUCAAGCGCCUGCACACCCGGCCGAAAGCAAGGCGCGUCAACGGCGAGCCGCUGACCGAUCGCGAAGUCCUCUUGCUCUCGGUUAUCGCCGUAUGGCGGACGGACCCGGAGCUCUUCGUCGCUGGCAUCCGCGACGAAAAGGGCCCCGACUUUUUGAAGGCCGUCGUGAAGCUCUGGGACCCUGCUAUCGACGCGUCGGUGACGUUGGCGGGCAGCAACAUGUACAAGGUCAUGUGCGACUAUGCGUACUCGUUGCCGCCGGAACAUCCAGAUUUGCACUUCCUCGUCUCGAUCUCGAAGCAUACUGUGCCUUCCAUGCUCGUCUGCGUCAGCGCGAGCUUGUUGGGCGACAGGCUGGACACGCAAACGGAGAAGCUCUGGCUCGGCGUCUUGCACGGGUUCCUUGACCUGUACAUGCGCAAGACUGAUAACGAGCAUCUGUUGGACCUACAGCAAGACCCAGGCAGAAUACCAGGCUUGAUCCUCACCGAGGUCGCCUUCCUCGUCUGCCUGGCAUCUGCGGACAAUAACGCGUCCAACAUGGCUGCGCGGGGCCUGCGCCUUCUGGCUCACCUUCAGAGGGACCCAGAGUAUGCAUCCGCAUCUUGCACGGCUCAGGAGGAGGAGAACUCGAAGCGGGAGUUAGUGUACGAUCAGCUCGGCGACCCGAAGAUUACCAUUGUCGGACGCGUCGGUCAUCAGAAGCGGAUACGGAAGCUGCUGCGUCUCAUCGCGAAGCCUUGCUCGAUGCACAUUGCGGUCUGGGAAGAGUGCUACUGGCGCUGGCGGCAUCUCACCGAGCUUCUCUACCCCGGCAUCGGGAAGGAAGGCGAGCCGCCUAGCAGCCGUCUCAUGAAGGACGAUCAGCGGUUCCAGUGGCGCAGUCUCACCCUGUUCCUCGCCGCUCUUGGCGGUGCUUGCAUACAGGAGGGCCGCGUUGGCAACCUGUCGUCGAUCAUCCCGCUGCAAGCCCUUCCAGACAAGCUGCGCGUGCAGAGCAACUCGGAGGAUCUCGUCCAGACAUUCAUCAACGACGUGACAAACAUGCUGCUACACCCGGACGUGCACAUCCGCGACACUGCGCGCGACGCCCUCGGCAUGGAGCUCAACCACCGUCUGCACGGUCGCUUCCUCAAACACAUUGAGGGCCUGGUCCAGCAGCUCGCGAACACCGAGGUCAAGGAGGUCGACGCCUACUACUUGCUCAUGGACCAGGUCAUCGUCGUCCUCAAGCUCUUGAUCGACAGCCUAUCGCAGGAGGACUUCGUGGCCGUCGACAUGGCAUCGACGAUGCUCUCGCUCGGGCAGCAGCUGCCGCUCACUUCGGCGGCGUCCUCGGCGCGCCUUAAGAUCAAGUUUUGCCAGCUGUGUGAUAGCCUGUGGGGAAGGCCGGCUGCUCAGGUCAUCAAGAAGGAUAACGACUCGCGGCUCAAGUUGCUGGAUCUCGUAGUCGAAUGGAUGCAGGUUGCUCAGCCUGGCGACUACACUCAGUCAGAGUUGAACAUGGCGGCGUUGAGGACGAUGGUGGUGUUGUUGGACCACUUGCAGAUCCGGCCACCCGAUGACACGGGUCCUGGCGAUGAGAACGCUCAUGUCGUAGCAAGACUGUUCGCGAAGUACUCGUCAGCCUUGCUCCAGAGCCUCGAGAUAUGCCACAUGGACUUCCCGACGACGGAUAGCGCAUCGGAAUCCGGCUCCAUUCAGUUUAAGAUGAAGGCGUCGCAGCGGGAGGCUGAGCUCCGCGACCUUGUCAUAACCGGCCUCUCGCACCUAGUGAUAUCCAACAGCGAGAGCGGGUUCAAGCAGUGCUUGAGCCUGGCGUAUAGUGACGACAAUCUCAAGCGAACGAUCUUUUCGCAUGUCUUUGCACGUGUGCUCGGCCAGGGUGCCAGGCUGGAGGUUGAGGAGACCGUGAGCGGGGUGUCGCGUAUCAGUCGAUUAGCAGAGAUGGCUCUUGCUAUGGCUAUCUGUGAAGUCUGUCCGGCCGGGGAAGUCGAUACAAUCACCAACGUCCUGCUGGACCUGUUCGACACUCGUGAGCACGCGCUGCGUCUGAUUAAGCAGAUCAUCGACCGCGAGAUCGCCAACACCACGUCCGAGGCCAGUUUAUUCCGGAGCAAUUCCAUGUAUACCCGUUUCCUCUCUGCCUUCGCGCGUAAACACGGGUAUCACUACUUGCGAGGGCUCAUCGAACCGUUGAUACGGGUCAUGGAGGAGAUGCCUCCAGAUACCAGCUUCGAACUUGAUCCGGCGAAGGCUCCUGGCCAAGACCCUCUUCAGAACCAACAUAACAUUGAAGUGGUCGCAGGCAGCUUCCUGAACAUUGUCAGCUCCUCAACGCAAUCGGUGCCGCGCAUCUUUCGCGAAGUUUGUGCUUACAUAGCAGAUUCGGUGAUGCAUGUCUGGCCGGAGGCGAAGUUCGCUGCUCUUGGAGCAUUCGUGUUCCUGCGAUUCAUCUCGCCUGCCAUUGUUUCGCCCGAAGUUGUGGACGUGGAGAUACCGAAGACCCAUGCCAAUAUUCGCCGCGGACUGAUGGUGGUAGCGAAGGUCAUUCAAAACCUGGCGAACAACAUCUUCUUCGGCAAGGAACAGCAUAUGACGGUCCUGAACAAGUUCCUUGAGCUCAACAUCGCGAACGUCACCCGCUUCUUAAGCGAACUUCAUAAGAUCAGUCAACGGAUAGACGAUGAUCAAGACGAGUAUAUCGAGAGCAAUGCCGACAGCUCUGACGUGAUCGUGCUGCAUCGUUUCUUCCACAAGCACGCAGACAAGAUCGGCAAGGAAUUGCUGAGCAUCGCCAAACCCAACGUCGAGGCGAACUCCGCAGCCGUCAAUGGCAAGCACGCUUGGGACGAUCUUUGUGGUUGGCUUGUGGACCUUGGUCAGCCCAUGCAGCCCCCUCAAGCAUCGACUGCCAAGUCGUACGAGCACGCCAAGUACAUUGACCUCCUCUCGAAAUACGCGUCCAGGACCUCGAGAGUCGGUGAGGAUAUCUUCUUGCCGGUCGAGACCAUAAGGGACCGUGCAGUAUUCGUAUUCCGAUUGUCUAGGAUCGAUGUGGAGGGCCUUGACGUCGAGCUACUGAUGGCCUAUAUCUUGAAGCUCGUCUUACCCCGGGGCCGCGAUGAUCGCGACGUUGAGUUGAUCUUCGAUUGCACGACGUUUAGCCCGACGUCCGAAAUCCCCUUGCAAUGGCUCAGCUUCUGCCUCGACCUUGUGCCAGCCGACGUAAUCUCAAGAAUCAAGUGUCACUACAUUCUCAACCCGAACCAGGCCUUCGUGCGGUACAUGCGGAAGCUGUGUAAUAUGGCGGCAGACCGAUCGUACUUCGGCGAGACCAGGGUUUGCGACUCCCUCGAGGACCUCAAGACCUUCCUUCCCGACCUUGACAUUGCCACAUUGGAAGAAGCGGCACGACUUGAAGGUGAACCGGCAGAGGUUUAUCACGACGUCUUGUAUCGCGAGCAUCAGAGCCAAGUCCGCACUCCCGUCACGUUGUAUGUCGGCGCGACGCACAUGCGCAUAACAUUCGUCAGGAGAUGUCACGUAUCGACCUUCGCUUGCCAAUGCACGGAUAUCAUGCGCCUUACAGACAUCAGCGACGUGUACAAUGUCACUAUGGGCACUGAGCAGCACGAGUUCAUCAUGCGGAAAGGCAAGCAAGGGGUUACAAUGUACUUCAGCUCGCAGCAAAGGGAUGCGAUCAUCAAGUCCGUCAGGACUGCGAAAGGUCGCAUGAAGGACGUCCAAGCUCCUUCAGUCGAGCGGUUUGCCCGCUUCUCAAACAAGCCGGCGACUCUGCUGCACAUCGGACUGCUCAGUGUCGAUGUCAACGACGAGGAACUUCGUGCCGCUGCAUAUGACCUGCUGGGAGCCGUGUGCACGUAUCUCAACUACGACAAGAACCCUAUCAUCGCACCUAGAGCUGGCUUUGUCCCCGGCGAGCCGACAUUAUUCGCAAGACGCCUCAGCGAUUCCAUGGCCCAAUUCGCUCCUCAGCUUACUCUUGACUUCAUCUCCGAGGUGUCUGCUGCCAUGAACGCGAUGCGCAACUCCAUGGAACACCAACUCAGCUGUCUACUCUAUAUGAGCCCUUGGGUUAAGAAUCUAGCUCGCUUCACAGAUCCCACGAGUCCCUUGUACGACCGCUCGACAGCGCGAGUUCGCGACUGCAUCCGAACGCUAGCACAGCUGUCCAUCAAUUUCCCUCAGAUUGCUGGUCCUAUACAGCGUCACGUAUGGAGCGAAAUCGGCAAGCUGGAUAACACCAUCAUUGAAGCCACUCUCGAUGAGCUCAUUCGCAUCGCUGCGGAUGGUGGUGUUGGUACUAGUCGCUGCGAGACCAUAUCGCUCAUCGUUGCUUCCUUCACGUCGAUCCAUGUCAGGGGGAAGCUGCUAGCACGCCUGCGCAAAGUACUCAGCAGGGCAGCUUCGAGGAUGCCAAGGUCGCUACAUGAUCAUCCGUACUGGAACGAGAUAUCCGCCCUUGUCCGCCUAGUGCUCGUCGCCGGAUACCAGCACUCACCACCCAUCCACAACCAGGUCAACGUACCAGAGAUCAUACACCUGUGCUUCCUUCUGGCUGGAACUGGUCCAGCGCUCGUCAGGAAAUCCGUCUACGGCAUCGUUCUCAAUCUGUUGCAAGGGCUUUACCUAGCCCGCCUGGAGGAAGGGCCGGUGCCGAUGAUCAAGCAGUUGAUGGAGGACAUGGAGCACCGCGACACGCUACAGCUGUUCGGCCUUGCGCGCACGGCACCUACAAGCGAGUACAGCUCCUUUGACUUCCCUACGGACAAGGAGCGCCUCGACGCGCAGGAGAAGCUGGUCGAGAUUAUGAUCAGAGUUCUGGAAUGCGGUGCGCCGUCAGUAGGCCUACUCAACGUCUUCCGUGCUCGGUGGAUGAGUCUCGUCACUUCGUCGGCCUUCCAGCUUUCGCCUGUACAGAUGAGGUGCUUCACCGUCAUCGGUGCGCUCGCGAAGACCGAAGUCGACGAAGACCUCUUCUAUCAGAUGCUGGUCGCACUGCGGACAUCGCUCAGCAAUGCCUCUGAAAGCGAUACCAUUACGGUCGUCUCGAUCUUGCGUUGUAUGUGCCGCGUCAUCCCCGAGAUGAGCCCCGACUGUCGCUACCCGGCGCUGUGCUUCUGGUUAGGCGUGGGCCUCCUGCAGUCCAGCUACAUCGCGUUUUACGAAGAGGCCGCUUGGAUGGUGCGCGUCAGCUUGGAGACUUUGGAUAAGCACGAGGCCUUUGGGGACGAGAACUUGACGAACUACCUACUCAACGCACGCUCGCCGCUCGAAGAGACCGCCUGCCAAUUGGACAGAAUGCUCAAGAUCUCGUUCGACAGCAGCUUCUCGUUCUCGCUCGCCGCCAUCAUCUUCAAGGGCUUCCGGCACACUCAACUCGUGUCCGCCGCCGAGUCGGUACUGCGCACGUUGAUGGAGGUCACCGUCAAAUGGUGGGAGCGGGAGCACGGCAAUGUUCGCAGCGACGCACUCUGCCCCGACGCGUUGGGGUACUUUGCGGCCCUUGUUCCCGUCUCAACGACAGCAGCCGGUAUCACGAAGUCGAUUAGAGGGGCUCGUUUGGAACAUAUCGUUGACUUGGAAGGCGUAUUCGAACAGAUGGUUCGUGGCGAGGAAGUCCAACAGCCGUUGGUAGGCAUCGAGGUCUACAACAUCGGCGACGAGACCACCGCGCUCCUCGCCUCGACGUUCAUUGUUACGAUGCUGUCCACUGCGCAGGGAGAUGAUCUCGAGUCGGAGAUCCUGUUCGGUUGCCUCGCUGAGAUCGCUGCCCAUUAUCCCCAGGUCGUGGUCAUGGUCUACGAUAGCCUGCAAGAACGUGUCAAGGAUUCGCUCGCAUUGUCCGCCAACCCCUCCAUCAUUCGCCUCGUCGCCGACAUCUUUCGGGCUUGGCAGCACGAGUCCGCCAUUCGAGGCCUCGGGGCUGGCAAGGGAUCCUCCUCGACCUUGGGCACCGUCGACGAGACAGCAUCGCGUGGGCCGAGUCGCAAUCACAUCGCCGCCCUCGAGGAACUGGGCAUGGCAGGCCUUGCCGACACCUACAAGUUCCUGCCGCGCGGGGUAGGCACGGCCAUGAUCCAAUGGAUUCCGGAGCUCGUCGACGCUAUCAUCCGCGCAUAG